UGUGUGUCCGUGUGUGUCAGAGUCCGUGUGUGUCAGACCUGAGAAGGGACUGCGAUGGGAGUUCACGGCCUGUGGAAGUUACUGGAGAGCACAGGGAAGCCAAUCAACCCGGAAACACUCGAGGGGAAGAUCCUAGCAGUCGACAUCAGCAUCUGGCUAAACCAAGCAGUUAAAGGUGUUCGAGAUCGGGAAGGCAACAACGUCCACAACGCUCACCUUCUUACGUUGUUUCACCGUCUCUGCAAGCUGCUUUUCUUUCGCAUCAGGCCUGUCUUUGUGUACGAUGGAGAUGCACCUCUGCUUAAGAAACAGACCCUGGCUAUCAGGAGACAGAGGAAGGAGGAGAUGGCUCUCGAGUCCAAACAAACCCAUGAGAAACUCUUGAGAACGUUUCUGAAGAGGCAGGCCAUCAAAGCUGCGCUAGGGGACAGCAGUAAAGAGACGAUUCCUAGUAUUUCUUCUGUGCGACGAGAUGAAGAGGAUGAACUGUACGUUUUACCAGCACUGCCUCCUGUAGAGGACAAAGAUCGAAGCAGUUCUGAUGAAGAAACCGAAAGAGAUGAAGCACAGACACAAGAACGCUAUAUCGCAUUUCAGGACGAGAUUUAUGAAAAUCCCAAUUCCGUCGACAUCAACUCCGAGGAGUUCCAAGUCUUGUCGCCUGAGAUCAAACAUGAGAUUCUGAAAGACAUGAAGGAGUUCAGCAAGAGAAGACGCACGCUUUAUCACAAACCUCCUGAGACAUCAGGGGACUUCUCUCAAUAUCAGCUGGCAGGGCUGCUGCAGAGGAAUCACCUCAACCAACGUCUAGAGGGUGUGGAGAAAGAAAUGAGCCAGCGCAGUUGUGGAGCUGUGGAGGAGGAGUACAGAAAGGGUGAAGAGCACAACGUCGAGUCACGCCGUCUCAUAUCGGAGGAUUCUUCACACUAUAUUCUCAUCAAAGGGUCCCAAAAGAGCGCACAGACAUCUGAGAGCCAUCCAGCCCCUGAUCCCUGGUCUUGUGGCCCUUGGUCAAGGAAAGUGAGACCCAAAGGAAGGCCUGAGCCACUUUGGCACCCGGUAUCAGAUGGCGUUCUUGUGGAAAAUCAGCCUUCUUCAUCAUCAACAACUCCAAAACCAAUCAUUUGUAGUGAGGAACAUCCUACAGAUGGAGCACCUCCUUCUCCACGAACCCUUCAGGCCAUUCAGGCAGCCAUGAUGGACAGCAGCUCCGACGAAGACGAAGUGGCCUGUAAGAAAACUAUCCAAGAUGGAAGUGGAAGCGCAGGUUCUCGAGAAGGAACCGGUCGUGUGUCACCUUGCACUUUGCUGGCCAUUCAAAGGGCCCUGACGGAGGACAGUAACGUAUCUGAAAACCUCCGCAAAGAGAUUCAAACUCCGAAGCGGACGUAUGUCAUCGUCAGUAGCUCCGACGAUGAUGAUGAUGAUGAUGAUGAUGAAGCAGAAAGCACAGUGAUUAAAAGGAGCAUCAUGUGUGAAGCUCAGGAAGGAGGUGGAGUUUCUCCACAGACUUUACUGGCCAUUCAGAGAGCUUUAGGAGAAAAAGAGUCAUUUCCUGGGAUUAAGCAGGUGGAGCAGGUGGCUUUCUUCAGCAGUUCUGAAGGAGAGGAAAUGGAAGAGGGCGUUGAAGUGAGGAACAAAGAGUUAAAAGCUGCUGCACUUAGGCAGAAAGAUGAGUGUGACAAAGAUGCCCUGAAGACAGGUCUCUCUCCCUCAUAUCUACUGUCUGAUGCAGACAUUUUACCCCAAGAUCACAAAUCAAGGUUUAAAACCAGUGUCCAGGAGACAGGAAGCUUGAGCAUUAAAUCAUCUGAGGACGAAGAGGAAAGAAACGGACAAGUUAUUGUAAAGAGUGAAGAGGAAGACAGCAGCUCUGAAGAAGGAUUCAUCGAGGUUUCAGACGGGGAAGAGACGUCUGAAUCGGAAAAUUCUGCAACCAAAUCAGAACAAUUUCCUGAAGUGAGUAAUAAAGAGGAGGUGCUGGGGAGCGAUAAAGAGCAGAGCCAAGAGAAAGAGUCGAGCGACAGAACUUCAACAAACAACAGUAAUAUGAAGGAGCAACAUUCUGAAAGCUCUAGAGAAGAGGCAGCUGUUCCUGCACCCAGUGAAUGGGAAAACAUCGACAUGGAGGAGCUGGUAGAGCUGGAGCAAAGUCUGCAGGCAGAACAGAGCAGCCUGCGUGAGCAGCAACAGCAACAACAACGCAGUGCUGCUACAGUUACAGGACAGAUGUGCCACGAGAGCCAGGAGUUGUUGCGGUUGUUCGGGGUGCCCUUCAUCGUCGCCCCGAUGGAAGCCGAAGCUCAGUGUGCGGCUCUGGAACGGACGGACCAGACGCACGGCACCAUCACUGACGACAGUGACAUCUGGCUGUUCGGAGGACGACACGUCUACAAAAACCUCUUUAACAACAACAAAUACGUGGAACACUACCAGUAUCUGGAAAUUCAAAACCAGCUCGGACUGGACAGGACUAAACUGAUCAAUCUGGCCUAUCUGUUGGGUAGCGAUUACACCGAGGGGAUCCCGGGAGUCGGGUAUGUCACGGGCAUGGAAAUAUUAAACGAGUUCCGAGGGUCUGGAUUAGAACCUCUCACUCAGUUCAGUAAGUGGUGGAACGAAGCUCAAACCAAAAAGAAGCUGGUUGCUGAUCCUAAGGACACAAAGGUGAAGAAAAAGCUGAGAGGGUUGACUCUUCAUCCAGGAUUCCCCAACCCUGCUGUCGCUGAGGCCUACCUCCAGCCCACUAUCGACCAAUCAGAGGGCUCGUUCUGCUGGGGCUGCCCACAGCUGGAUCUCCUUAAAGAGUUUUGUUACAGUCGAUUUGGUUGGAACAGAAAGAAGACCGAAGAAACUCUUCAGCCAGUCUUCAAACAGCUCAACACUCAACAGACUCAGCUGCGCAUCGAUUCCUUCUUCCGUCUGGAACAGCAGGAGAAGCAGGCCAUCCGCAGCCAGCGCUUACGGCGAGCCGUCACCUGCCUCAAGAGGAAAGAGCGCGAUGGAUCUGAUGAUGAAGCAGAGAGCAGCGAAAAUGAAAAGGUCUCACCAGUCAAGAAAGGGAAGAAGACCAAAGAGAAAGGGAGUGAUGUUACACCUGCAGGGCUGUUUGGAGGAGGUUUUAUAGGCUUGGACAUGAGAAGGAGUUCUAACAGUCCAGAAGAGACGGUGGUUGUGGGUGAAGUUGAAAAGCAGCCUAAAACAGUAAAGAGUGAUCUCCCAAAAACCGAAUCCAGCAGCAGCAGCAGUUCAGAAGAUGAAUUGGAGCAUAAGAAUAGAGCUACUAUGGUUACUGCUCAGUCUGUAUUCGAGGGAAAAACAAGAGGACGGGGAGGACGGGGAGGACGGGGAGGACGAGGAGGACGAGGAGGAAGAGGAAAAGCCCAGAAAAACUUAUAAUGACAAACUGUUUAAAUAUUUAUGCAUUUCUAUAAGGCAGCAUGUGACUACAGCAUAUGAUGUGAAUAAAGUAACAUUAAAUUAUGGAAGGUAAUAAUUUAUUUAUUUUUUCCACAAUGUUUGAUCAUGUAUACUUUUGUACUUUACAAUCUGUUGAAAAAUUUCCCCAAGCCAAUGGUGCAUUAAAACAAAAUGUCUGAA